GCUGCUGUGACGCUGAAGCGGCUCUCUGCUCCUCACACACUGCUCGCUGGUGCCAACGCCCGGCGAAACACACGGCUAACGUUAGCCAGCAGAGAAACAGCUAACGUCCAUUGCCAGCAGCAGAAAGCACAGAGAUGCAGACUAUCAAGUGUGUGGUGGUGGGUGAUGGAGCUGUUGGAAAGACCUGCCUAUUGAUUUCAUACACCACCAACAAAUUCCCCUCUGAAUAUGUACCAACAGUGUUUGAUAACUAUGCAGUAACUGUAAUGAUCGGGGGUGAGCCUUACACCCUGGGCUUAUUUGACACAGCAGGUCAGGAGGAUUACGACAGGUUACGGCCACUAAGCUACCCACAGACUGACGUCUUCCUAGUCUGUUUUUCAGUUGUUUCCCCUUCCUCAUUCGAGAAUGUCAAAGAAAAGUGGGUUCCUGAAAUAACUCACCACUGUCCCAAGACCCCGUUCCUGCUGGUCGGCACUCAGAUCGACCUGCGUGAUGACCCUUCCACAGUGGAGAAGUUAGCCAAGAACAAACAGAAGCCCAUCACUCCCGAGACAGCAGAAAAGCUGGCCCGUGACCUCAAGGCAGUGAAAUAUGUGGAGUGCUCAGCUCUAACGCAGAAAGGAUUAAAGAAUGUGUUUGAUGAGGCAAUACUGGCUGCCCUGGAGCCUCCCGAACCUAAGAAAAGACGUAAAUGUGUUCUGCUCUAAGUUCCCUCGCAGUCCUCUUCACACACCAGAGGCUCCUUUUUUUUUUUUUUUUUUUCCUCCUUCCCUGCAUAAACACAUUCCAUCACGAAUUAAGACAUUGUUAAACAUCCUGACUCACUUCACCUAAAAGCAUAUUCAGUGUGUUUUCUGACGUCGAGUAACCUUUGAUGCUGUUUGUUAAGACACCGAAUGCCUAAACUGUAUCUCCAAAAUGUAAAAGGGCACUUUCAAAUGUUACGGAGUGACCACGUGAUGUUGAUUCACUUUGAAUAUGGCGUGAUGUGAAAAGAAACGACUCUGUUACGGUAUUUUAGAAGAGAUGCUGAUCGGCUAGUUGAUCGGUUCUCAGAGUGGGGGGAGGAUGAGCCCACCUCUCACAGAGCGCCAGGCAGUUUCCAAUUUGAAACCUGUUGAGUCGUCUGAAACUGUUUCAGUACAUUUAUGGACCAAAAUAAUUCAAAGUCAGGAUUUUGACCCUAAAGGUGAUAAGUUAAAAGUGAUGCUGAGAAAAAGGCUUCCCCCGACCCCCCGACCAAUAGGUUUCUCCUGCUCUGGCCACUUCGAUGGUCCCAGAGGGGGUCCCACCCCUCACUUUGAGAAUCACUGGGCUCACACAAGGCCUGAUUUUUGCUUCAACUCUUUUUCCCUCGAGCUAUGUUUUGUAUCUUUUACUGCAUUUGGUUGGCAGUGACUCAUCUCCAUCGACAGUAGAGCUCCUACAGCAGCAAUAUAAAUCCUGCUAACGUCAUUCACUUCAAAUACUUUCUGUUUUCCAAGUCUUAAGAGUUUUUUUUUUUUUUCCCCACUCAGUGGUUAACAUAGCUUGCGGGCAGACGGAGGAAAUAUGAUGGAAUAUGACAUUUUUAGGCUAUGCUCUUUCCUAAUCUCUAUUUUGCCAAAACAAGGCCUGA